UCUAGGAGGCGUGGUCCCGUGCUCCACCCUGCCCGGCGGCCGCGCCCCCAGCCCUGCUCUGUUUUAGCAGUCUGAGUCCAGCAGCUGGAGAAGUCAAACGUGUCGCCAGGUCAGCCAUGUCAUCUGAGCCUCCCCCGCCGCCACCGCAGCCCCCGACACAUCAGACUUCUGUUGGGCUACUGGACACUCCUCGGGCCCGGGAUCGCUCUCCGUCCCCGCUGCGAGGCAACGUGGUCCCUAGCCCUCUGCCCACCCGCAGGACAAGAACUUUCUCGGCGACGGUGCGGGCUUCACAGGGCCCUGUCUACAAAGGAGUCUGUAAAUGCUUCUGCCGGUCCAAAGGCCACGGCUUCAUCACCCCAGCUGAUGGUGGCCCUGACAUCUUCCUACACAUCUCUGAUGUGGAAGGGGAAUAUGUUCCAGUGGAAGGCGACGAGGUCACCUAUAAGAUGUGCUCUAUCCCGCCCAAGAAUGAGAAACUGCAGGCUGUCGAGGUGGUCAUCACCCACCUGGCACCAGGCACCAAGCAUGAGACCUGGUCCGGGCAUGUCAUCAGCUCCUAGGACCUGCAAGAACCCCUCCUCCUGGGCUUGAGGGAGACUUUGAGGGGGGAGGAGGAGCAGGACACUCUGGAUAUAACAUUCUACCACACGAGAUGGGGCCUCAAGGCCGGCAUGGCCCCUUUCAAGCAUUUCCUGGAAGAAGGGAGUUGUGGGCAGGCAGAGGGUGCUCAGCCACCAACACAGUCUCCAGCCAUUGCAACAAGCUCUCACUGUCUGAAAACAUUAAAAGCAUUUGAAAAGGA